AUGGAGAUGGAGAAUUCUGAAACUCAAUCAUCCCCUUGUACACUUCAAUGGGAAGGGGAAUGGAGUGGCGUUGCUCAACCUGCCGCAGAUACCUUGUUCGAACUCAAGCAGAAACAUCCAUAUGCUCCACCUCCUAUUAUACCCACUGAAGUUGUUUCAACACCUUCCCUGGCUGUUGAUUCCAAGGCUGUACUUGCAGCCCUAAAGAGCUUCCCCAAGGGGACAUCUUGUGGCAGAGACGGUCUCCGUGCUCAGCACUUGUUGGACGCCAUGAGUGGAGCUGUUGCUGCGAUUUCUGAUGAGUUGCUGCUGUCGAUUACUGGCGUCGUGAACCUAUGGCUUGCAGGUAACUGUCCUCCUUCCCUUGGUAUAUUUGUGGCCAGUGCUCCCUUAACCCCACUACUUAAACCUGGUGGUGGUUUGAGACCAAUUGCGGUAGGAACCAUAUGGCGAAGGCUGUGUUCUAAGUUAGCAGCUACUUCAGUUUGCAAAACCUUGAACAACUAUCUUGGCAAUCACCAAUAUGGAGUUGGCAUCCCUUGCGGCGGAGAGAGUAUUCUACACGCGGCGAAUAGAUUGCUUGAAAUGCAUGGAUCUGAUAACACCAAAUCUAUGUUAUUAAUAGAUUUUUCGAAUUCUUUCAACAUGGUUGAUCGAUCCACUAUUAUCCGUGAGGUAAGAACACACUUCCCUAGCAUCUCUCGUUGGGUUGAAUUCUGCUAUAUGCAACCCCCCAGACUAUAUUAUCAAGAGCACUUACUCUCCUCGACACAAGGGGUUCAGCAGGGUGACCCUCUUGGUCCCCUUCUUUUUGUUUUAGUUUUGCACCCUCUUAUCGAGAAGAUUGCAUCCACUUGUAUGUUGGAUUUCCAUGCCUGGUAUUUAGACGAUGGCACCAUCGCAGGUGACACUUUGGAAGUGUCUAAGGCAUUGAAGAUUCUCCAAGAGGACGGACCUGUCUACGGGUUACAUCUGACUAUUUCGAAGACUGAAUUAUUUUGUCCCUCUUAUGACCCGAGAAGGGAUUCCGAUACUGCCUUUCCUGCGAAUAUUGGUAAGCAAAAAGAUGGUGUUAAAUUGCUUGGUGGACCAGUCAGCCUAGAUAUGAACUUCUGUAGUAAUGUGGUGUUGAACAGGGUUGAAAAAACCUCUCAACUCAUUGACAAGAUUCAAGAGCUGCAUGAUCCUCAAUCUGAACAUUUGCUUUUGCGCAACUUCGGAGAUGGGGCUGGUUUUGGCUUAGUCCAACAGCGACUAGCCACUCUUCCCAUCAAAGAUGGUGUCCUGGGUAUUCUUACUAUGACAUAUACUAUGCAGUACUGUUACCUUGCAUCUCAGGCGCAGACCCAGCAUUUGCAGAAUUCUAUUUUGAGGCUGCCUGCAACAACCGACUUAUGCCUUGGUUUCCAUACUACUUUACAGAGUUUCACACAAGCUUGUGAGAUCCCCCUCCCUGAUUUCAACAUUAAUGAUGCCGCCCCCCAUUACAUGAAGUCAUUGGCAUCUAUCUACUUUGGAGCUAUCAGGGAAAAGAUACUUACUCGCUUUUCUUUUUCUACACGUGAAGCUACUGUUUGGCAAUGUAAUAGAUCUGAUCAUGCUAUGGAUUUCCUUAAAGCAAUACCUAUUCCUGGGCUCAACCAGGCAGUUGGUUCCAGGCAGUUUAGCUCGGUCUUACAAUAUCGUUUAGUUAUACCCCUUUUUGAGGAAGGUAAUAAAUGUACCUGUUUUGGCAAACUCAUGGAUAUCUUUGGAGACCACGCUAUCCAUUGUGCUAGUGAGGUCGGUCUUAAAUUCAGACAUGAUUUAGUAAAAGAUAUUCUUGCAGACAUGUGUUACAGAGAUGGGGUUGUGGCUAGAAAAGAGGUUUCUUUGGGCGUCAUCAAUAAUAAGGAUUUUUGUCCAGCGGACAUCAUGGUUUAUAAUUGGGUAGAUGGGAAGGAUGUUUGUCUCGACGUCACUGGGGUCUCUCCAUUUACCAAUGCUAAGACACGCCACUUCAUACCAGGUCAUGCCAUUUCUGCAGCAAUCACUCGCAAGAACACUAAAUACUUAGAUGUUUGCUCUUCUCUCGGAUAUGGGUUCGGUAUUUUGGCUUUCUCCACUUUUGGCGAGCUUAGUACGGAUUUAUUAAAUUUCCUGAAGAGAUUAAGGAAUUUCAUGGUAACAGAAAGAAGAAGCCGUACAUGGUGUGACAGCGAAGCACCCCAGAAUAUAACGAUGUGA